CAUUGACCUUAAAAGUCACGGUUACAUCUCUGAUAACACCAAAUUUGUUCCAAAAAUCCAAUCAGUCCCACAAAAACAGUUGAAGUACACUAGUCAUGGCCUGUGCUAAACUAAGUACAGUGAAUUUAAGUAUAGACAACUUUGGAAGUUGGAAGAACGACAAAGGUGAGGAAGUGCCUGUAAAAAGAUUUACGUGGACUAAUCAGAAUAACGUCAGUGUCCAGCUAAUCUCAUAUGGUGGAUACAUAACGUCAAUCAAAGUUCCGGACAAAAAUGGAAAAGUUGAAGAUGUGGUGAUUGGAUUUGAUAAUUUGGAUGGAUACUUGAGGCCUGAGAAUACGUACUAUGGGGCAACUGUGGGAAGGGUUGCAAACCGAAUCGCCAAAGGAAAAAUGAGGGUUGAAGGGAAACAGUAUAGUUUGGCUGUUAACAAUGGACCGAACCAUCUACAUGGUGGGAUUAGAGGAUUUGAUAAGGCAACCUACCUAACGUUAACGGUACAGUAUUCGAUUUGAGAGUACCAAAAGUUCUUGGAGAUGUUAUCAACAAGGUACCAAAUUCUCCAGGAUUCGACCAUAAUUUCUGUAUCACAAGACCUUCAAAACAGGGACUAGUUUUUGUAGCUUCAGCUUAUCAUCCAGAUAGUGGGAGAGUCAUGGAGAUUUAUAGUAACCAGCCGGGGGUGCAGUUUUAUACGGGAAACUUUAUGCCUGACGAGAGUACCAACGUUAAAGGAAAGGGUGGAGUGAAACUAGUAAAGCAUGGAGCAUUUUGUUUUGAGACCCAAGUAUAUCCAGACUCAAUAAAUCAGAAAGGAUUUCCGAACGUAAUCGUCUAUCCUGGAGAGGAGUAUCACCACUCUGUAGUUUUUAAAUUUUUCACUGCUUAAUCUUACUGUCUGAUAAAUUAAUAACCUAAGUGUAUUAUGUAAUGAACAAUAAAGGUAUUCAUAAUUGCUGAUAAUACUUUGUUCUUAUCUAUUGAAUGACUGCAAAGCACAGCAAAAUAUUUUCAAACCAGUCAUGGCUGAGAUGUGUUGUAAGAAACCUUCUGAGAAAGUGUCUCUGACAGAGGACGUUUUUGGUGAAUUCAAAGACAGCUAUGGGAGUGUAAAAAAGGUCAGAAGAUUCACUUGGAAAAAUCAAAAUGGGAUGAGUGUACAGGUGAUGACGUAUGGGGGAUACAUUACCUCAAUGAAGGUUCCUGACUCCUCAGGGCACAUAGAUGACAUAGUGUUAGGCUUCAACACAUUCGAAGAGUAUCUCCAGCCUGACAACAGGUUCAUGGGAGCAACUGUCGGAAGAGUGGCAAACCGCAUUGCCAACGCAAAAAUGACAGUUGAAGGAGUUGAAUACAAACUAGCUGCUAACAACGGCCCAAACCACAUUCACGGAGGAACCAAAGGUUUUGACAAGGUUCUUUGGGAACCCCAUGUCGAUGGCUCAAAACUUACCUUGAGCUACCUUUCUAAAGACAUGGAAGAGGGGUAUCCAGGAGACGUAUUGACCCAUGUGACGUUUGAGUUAACCAACGAGAACGAGUUUAAGAUUGAGUAUAAAGCUACAACGUCAAAGCCUACUCCUAUCAAUUUGACCAACCAUUCCUACUUUAACCUAGCUGGAGAUGAUAAAGGUGCAAAUGAGUUGUAUAAGCAUGUUGUUUCUUUAAAUGCUGAUAAGAUAACAGAAGCUGUUGAUGGAAUUCCUACAGGCAAUCUACCUAUGGUAUGCGGUACACCGUUUGAUCUAAGGGUUCCCAAAACCCUUGGUGACAUCAUUCACAAAGUUCCAAACACUGCAGGAUUCGACCACAACUUCUGUGUCACCAAAGGAUCAAAGCAAGAAGAGACAUUUGUGGCAAGAGUUACUCACUCUGCAACAGGUAGAGCUCUGGAGGUAUACAGUAACCAGCCAGGAGUUCAGUUUUACACUAGCAACUUUUUGCCUGAAGGCGAUAGCUUGAGGGGCAAAAAUGGAUUUAUAAAGAAGCAUUUUGCGUUCUGUUUGGAAACCCAGAAGUUUCCGGACUCAGUUAAUCAUAAACACUUUCCGAACACGAUCGUCUACCCAGGUGAAGAAUAUUACCAUACAACCACUUUCAAGCUGCUGGUAGACAAAGCUCUGGCUUGCUGUAAAAAGUAAUCAUGCAAUAUGUUAUACAGACCGCGACCAACGUCUGCAAGCAACGCGAUGCAGUUACGUGCAUUUCCUGUAUUUUUAUUGGUGUUCUUUUUUUCUCUCAGCAGCGUAGAGUUAAGGAUUCAUCUAAAAAUAUUAUAUUUUAAAUAAAUAAAUGAAUAUUGCGUACUUUGCGAAACUCUAAUUGUAUUACCAGUUCCUUCACGAUAAAUCCUAUCCACAGCCUUGCGCAUGACAACACUUUCCCUGCAGGCGUUCUGAGUGCCAUAUCGAUGUCUGCAGUUGAACCGGAGAGAAGACUUGUAAUGAGUCUCUUUCAAGCCCGUAUGUCAUCAUCAAAUUUUUCAUCAGAUUUAUUGUAAAAUAAAUUAUUUGAAUGACCAUUAUCAUUAAUGCGCACUUUUUCUCUCAGCAUUUAGAACGUGUUCUCAAUUCUGCAAUACCCUCAUGUAUUGAAAUAUUUUCCAGCAAAAAAAAAUUAAAAGAUACUUAUAUUACACACAUGUAACUGUUGAACCAGAAG